AUGGGCAUCUCAUCCGAUAUAUUUCGUAUUCUUCAAGUAGACGAUGAAGGCGGUCAAGAUUUAAGUGGAAAACGAAUUAGCGAUCUUUCUGGAACGUUGGCUCAGGGCCAAUUUUCGAUUUUCUACAUGUCGACCUAUCAAACCGAUUUUGUUCUGGUCAAGGAUCGACGACUGCGUCAGGCUGUGCAAGCGUUGCAAGAGCAUGGUUUUGAGUUUGAAGAUCUGGAAGAGGUGUCGUUGGAACAAGCGAUGCCCGAAUUAUCAUUGGAUGCUGAUGCCGGCCUGCCUUUGGCGCCACCCUUGCCGGACAAGCAGGCGGAAAAUACUUUUUUCGAAAGCAAUGUGCUCGAAAACGAGCUUCGUUGUGUCGGUCUUAAUCCUCAUUACCGAAGGGAAUGGGCAAUGACCAUGCUCAAAAUCAUAUGUUAUCCUGAAUUGAUCAUUGAAGGAUAUUCUGAUGAAGAGUACAUUUUUCAGGACGAGGAUUCGGCGUCCUUGCGCGUCAUUCAAGUGAACUUGGCUAAUUCCCAUCUCGAUCGAUGUGGUAUUGUCCGAUCCAUUUCGCAUCCACUCGCUAGCGAAGCCCAUAUCAAUCUGUUAUAUCUGAGCACCUUCAAAAGUGCCAACAUCCUUGUAUCUGCCGAUGAUUUACAACAAGCGGAGGAGAUCUUGUCACUUGAUCUGAAGAAUGGCAUGUUGAUGGAAGUUGUAUUGGAACCAUCCCUGUAA